AUGAAGUCCAUUCUCGUUCUUGCUUUUGCAGCCCUCUCUCUCUGCAGCCCAACACCAUCUGACCCAAACACAGUCUCUGAAGACCACCAAGACACCAAAAGAGCCGGAACAGAGUCACUCACAGAAGGAUAUUGGUCUUGCACCGUACCAAGCAACGCGAUUUAUAACAAAGUUCGGCAGCAGAAUAAUGUCUGUAAAAAGAGUGGAUUUUCGAUGCAAUACUUCAUUAAGCUCCCCAAGGAGAAUGAAUAUUCCUGCUCAAAAACACUACCAAAAGAUGGAAACUACGGCUGCGACGUCGGCAGAUCCGCUAGGCAGUAUAAAAUGCGUCAGGCGACCAAAGACCUGUUGGCGUGCAGUAUUCCCGACGGCUUUACAUAUGUUUCUGUUACAGAUGUGGCAGAUAUAUGUGAAAUCGGCAGAUCCACGAAACAAUAUAAGCUGCGCCGCCCGAGCGACGACCUCUUGGCCUGCACGCUCCCCAAAGGAUACACGUAUACCCAGCUCCUGGACGUUUCAAUUUGCGAUGUCGGAAGGAGAGGAAAGCAGUAUAAGCUCAAGUUGCCGACCCAGGGGCUAGUUGCUUGUUCUAUCCCAGACGGGUGGGCAUCCAGCAAGGAAACCCAGGUCUUGAAUACUUGCCGUCCUGGUUCAGUGUCAAGCCAGUACACUUUGAAGAAGAAGAAAUAA